GGCUUGUUGAACUGUCCCUGCAGCAGCUAUGGUGGGCAUGAGCCUUCUCAAGUCGGCUGCUGCCUUUGCAGCCAGGUUAGGUCCUCUGAAAGCUGGGAAUAAUGCUGCCAAUAUACUCGCUCGAACCAUCCCACGGACAAAUAAAGUGGUGACCCGUUGGGGCCAUGAAAAGAAGCUGUUUGUGGUCAAGCCAACUGACUAUUACGACAGGAGAUUUUUGCAUUUAUUGCGAUAUUACAUCCUGCUGACUGGUAUUCCAGUGGCUGUGUUGGUCACAGCUGUGAAUAUCUUCAUUGGUGAGGCAGAGCUUGCUGAGAUUCCUGAAGGAUAUGAACCUGAGUAUUGGGAAUAUUACAAACACCCCAUCACCAGGUGGAUUGUACGGAACAUUUAUGAUUCCCCAGUGAAGGACUAUGAAAAAGUGUUGGCUGCAAUCCACGUUGAAAAGGAAAAAGCUGAGCUGAGACUGAUAGAGCAGGAGGUUCGUCGGCAGAUGAAACAUCAUGGAGACGGCCCCUGGUACCAACGACCGACGCCUGAAAAGGAGCUGAUUGACAACAGCCCCAAGGCUUCACCUGACAAUUAACGAUUAACAGUCCCACUGUUUGUAAAUUUUUCCCUUGUUGAUUAAAUAAAGUAUCUUUAUGUGGCUGUAAUUACUGAA